UCGAGUACCUCCUUAUAAUCAAAGUCAUGCCUUGACCAGAACAAGCACAAAGUACGCAAGCAUUCGUCGAAGGCACUGUGUGUUGUUUGUGUGUGUGUAUAUAUAAUAGCCCUCAACUUGGAGAGCAGUCUCGCGUGAUUAUACAUGGUGUAAGAGAGAAGAAAGAAAGAAAUAGAUAUAGAGAUAUGGAGGCCUUGUCAAAGAUGAGUAGUUCUGAUAUUGAUCAUAACGAGGAUGAGGAAGUGAUGCUUCCAGGUUUCCGAUUUCACCCCACUGAUGAAGAGCUUGUUGGGUUCUAUCUGCGGCGGAAGGUGGAAAAGAAACCACUUAGGUUUGAACUCAUCAAACAGAUCGAUAUCUACAAGUACGAUCCAUGGGAUCUUCCAAAAGUUAGCAAUGCGGGGGACAGGGAGUGGUACUUCUUCUGCAUACGAGGGAGAAAGUAUAGGAACAGCAUAAGGCCUAACAGAGUCACAGGAUCUGGAUUUUGGAAGGCCACCGGCAUCGACAAGCCCAUAUAUUCAGUCAAAGAACCACAUGAGUGCGUUGGCCUCAAGAAAUCCUUGGUCUACUACCGGGGAAGUGCUGGAAAAGGCACUAAAACUGAUUGGAUGAUGCACGAGUUUCGCCUUCCACCAAACGGGAAGACCACGAACCCUAAGAACAUUGCACAAGAAGCUGAGGUUUGGACGCUCUGUCGAAUUCUCAAACGAGUCCCGUCCCACAAAAAGUACGUACCGGCAGCAGCAGCAGCAGCAAAACAGCACCCUAUUAUUGACUCGAAUUCAAAAACAUGCAGCUUUGAAUCUGAAAUUAGUGCCGAGCAGAAUGUGAGUUUUGGAGACUCGUUCACUCAACGAAAUGAAAGGAAGCCUGUCAUCAUAGAUAAUCAAGUUAACCAUGAAAGGAAUCACUUUUUUACGGGUGGUCAGUAUGAUUCGAUAACUGAAGCUCCAUUUACAGCAGCUUUCCAGAACUUCUGGAAUCCAGAUGUUGGAGAUGAUUUCUUUGAUAAUGGAAACUGGGAUGAACUAAGAACAGUGGUCGAGCUAGGCGCCAUUGAUCCAGCUCAAGCUUACGACUAUUGUAGAUAAAGUGAUAGAUAGAUAGAUAUAUAUUUAUAUAUAGCUAGGUAGCCAAGCAGUUAUAUACAUAGACACACACACACACUAAACAUAUAUUCCCCUUCUACCACCACCUUGGUGGUAGCUAUAUAUUAUUGUGUCCUAUAUAUGAUGAUUGGGAAUUUAGAAAUCUAUUAAUUAAUUAAUUAAUUAAGCAUUAUGGAUUAGUAACAACCUUUUGACAUUUCCUUUCUUUAUGUUUUCCCUCCCUUCCCGGCCGGCCAGCGGGAGUAGCUUUUGACAUUAUAAUAUAUAUGUUCAAGGUAUCCGUGCCCAUUUUUGUUGGGUGUAUCGGACCAUGAACUAAUGUCUUAACUAUGUAACGAGGAAUCAGUUUAUUUAUUCUAUUCUUGGUUGGAUAUCUAUUUGUAAGCUUAUGAUGACUAUCUUCAUCAAAACUAAAUGCUAUGAUGUGUUUCAAAUC